AUGAAGAGCUUCAAGCCCGUUUUCUUGUGCGAGGUGAAAGGAGCUGCGGAGACACAGCAAGUGGCAAGUGUACAAUAUGCGAAAAAUGAUAUCAAUACCGUCGUGGCUGCUGAGAAGGUAUCUGGAUACAGGGUCAACGCAAGUUCCCGCCUCGUGGACCGCUGGCUUGAUACCCUUGUGCGAUUCGCUGGUUCCGCUCCCGUCUUCCUGGUUAUUGUUAGUGGCCUCUUGACCUGGGCCCUGAUGGGUAUUCGCUUCGGCGACUCGGAUGUCUGGGUAGCUGCCAUCUCCGAUGUCCAGGCUAUUCUGUGCUAUGUUUUCGACUCCCUCCUGAUGCGACAGCUUCUUCGUGAAUACACCGAGCAGCGUGAGGCCAUGGUCAAAAUCCAAUCGCGCUGCAAUAGUCACCACCGCAUGCUUCUCAAAGUUAAGAAUAAGCUGGGGCCAGAGGGGAUUCGAGAAGUGGCGGAGAAGUGUAAAGACGAGCCACUGGAGCCUCUGGACCACGGGUUGCGUACACAGACUCUGUUUGCCCGGUGCAUCAUCUUCUCGGCGAAGAAGUUUGGCCAUAUCGUCACAGUCGGCAUGUAUUGGGUCUGCAUCUUCAUCUGGCUUGGCUUUGGUCCAAAGUGCAACUGGUCCAAUCGCUGGCAGCUAUACAUCAACGAUGCCACGUCCGCUCUGAUGGUCCUGGUUUUUGCAUUCCUUGCCUGCCUACGGGAAUGUUAUGCCGAUUAUACCAACACUUGUUUGGAUGCAAUCUUCCGGCUCGACUCCACUCUCGAGAGUGAGCUUCGUCUUCUUAGCGAAGACGACGUGCCAAAUCCUGUUGAAGUCAAUGUCCCGCCAAAAGAGAACUACCUCCAGAAGGUGAUCUACUACUACGCCGAUAUCAUCGGCACACUCGUGGGAAUUCUAUUCCUCAUAGCAGUGAUCAUCACCUGGGCAGCCGUCGGCCCGGUCUUCCAUUUCAACAAUACCUGGUGGCUGCUCAUCGGGACCUAUGCCGGGCUGGUCGGACUGUUUGACAGCUUCGUCCUCCGCAAUGUCCAGAACAAGGUACAUCAGAAUACCAAGUCUCAGGUUCGCCAUGUAGAGGCAUUUGACAUGGCACUGUUCGCCGGGUUGUCCGUCCCAAUUCCUGCCGUGAAGGAUGUCAAAGCCCCGUCUCUCAGCCGUCGGGUCUCACGAAAGAUGGAUGCUGUCAGUUCCCACCUUCUCAUGGUCGUCGCCGGCUUCAUCGUCACCAUCGGCUGCUUGGUUGCAUCUAGUGCCAUGCGCUGGAGUCUGACUGGACAGUUGAUCUCGAACGUGCCUCCCAGUAUCCUUGAAACUUUCUUCAUGUUGAUCCUGAUCACGGGGCAGAAUGACGCAGAGGCUGGCGCCCGUGUAGACUUGACAAAUAUUUACUACCGUCGUCAGCGGCUGUUGUCGUUCAUGAAACAUGCAAGUGAACACCGCCUGAAGCAAGAAGAUGAUGAGGUUGCCACGGAAUCUCAGUGA